UAUGGACACGGUAUAUACUAUGGAAAUAGAAAAGGACUAUUUUGCAUGCCCAAUAUGUUAUGAACCACUCAUAAGAAAAGGUCCCUCUGGCCUUAACUUAUCAGCAAUAUACAGAUCAGGUUUCAAGUGUAAAAGAUGCAGAAAAUCAUUCUCUAGUAAAGAUAAGUAUCUUGAUUUGACGGUUACUUCUGGAUUAUUGGACUACACUGAAAACCAACCAUAUCUCACUGAGCUUUUCAGGAGUCCAUUUGUUUCAUUUUUGUACGAAAGAGGUUGGCGUCAGAAUUUCAAUCUAGGAGGCUUUCCAGGUCCUGAAGAAGAGUUCAAAAUGGCUCAAGACUACUUUCAAUCUGCUAAAGGUGGCUGCAUCGUCGAUGUUAGCUGUGGAACUGGCUUGAUUUCGCGAAAAUUCGCCAAGUCUGGAUCAUAUUCUGGAGUGGUGGCGCUGGAUUUUUCUGAAAACAUGCUUCGCCAGUGUUAUGAUUUCAUCAACAAAGAUGACAUUCUUUUGAAAGCUAAUCUUGCUCUUGUAAGAGCAGAUGUUUGUAGGCUUCCUUUCUCAUCUGGUUCUGUUGAUGCCGUCCACGCCGGCGCCGCCUUGCAUUGUUGGCCAUCUCCCUCCAAUUCUGUCGCUGAAAUUAGCCGGAUUCUAAGAAGUGGUGGAAUCUUUGUUGGAACCACUUUUCUCCGUUACUCUUCUACAACCCCAUUAAUUGUGCGCUUAUUCAGAGAGAGUUUUUCAAGGACACAUAAAUUCUUAACAGAGCAAGAAAUUGAAGGGCUUUGCAUGUCAUGUGGUCUCAUCAAUUACACAAGCAAAGUUCAUCAGUCCUUUAUCAUCUUCUCUGCUCAGAAGCCUUAGACCAAUAUUUCAUUGUCCAUUUCAAACAAUUUGUAAAUAAUCCUUAA